AUGGCACAGCUCAACAAAGAGGAAGAAAAUCAAGUCAAUGACGAGCUAAGCAACCUUACAACAUCGCAUCCCCCGGCGCCUACCUAUGCUAGGAAACAUUUGUAUGUUGACCCAGAUGUCCCCGAAAAAUCAACCACAUCAUUGACAUACCAACGCCGAGAUCUAGCACAGUCAGAGCAAAUUUCUGGCUCAUCUCAUCCUGAUCAUCCAGCUGCUCCUCUUCUUCUACAUACACCUCUCGCAUUUCCGGAUAGCAGGAUGAGUGACCCAUCUUUAAUCGGCGGGACUGCGCCAGGUGUGAAUACAAACACAGUCCAGCCUCGCACUAGACAUCGCACGCGGAAAGUGGUCACCGAUGAAAUUAUUCCAACAGACAGCGAAAGCGUAGCAGUCCUUGGAAUGUCCCCAUUCAUGCCCAACAAAGACGCCAUCUACAACCAGAACCGACUCGUUCGGAACGAGGUCAUACUCGCACGCCAUCUUUCGCGACUUCAAAAGAAUUACUACGCGUCUGAGUCAGCCCAUGCUCAACGGGCUCAGGACUUCUAUCGUGUCCUUACAGAUCACAAAAAUUCAAUCGAUUUGUUGAAGUCGAACAACCAAUCCUCCAGCUCUGUGAAUCUGCAGCCAGAGUUCACGGCUCUCGUUGAAGCGCAUAACGAGACUCGGAAAGCUCUUGACGAGCUUACUAAAGACAUCGCAUCGUUUUCUUCUACAACCAGAGAGUCCAUCGCAUUUUUGGCGGACAGCGUGCGCCGACUUACGUCUCCCUUCCCGGAAAGUUCUGAGUCAGCUAUCGCUGGGCUCCAUCCCGAUCAUACUAUCAUGGCGCCGCCCCACUCCCUCACGUCUUCUCCCAGUCUUUUUGAGAGGCCGUUUAUCCCUGGUACAAAACGAAGGAGAUCGUCAGAUGAAUUUCUCAACACGGAUGUUCCCCCGACCUCCCGACCGUCCACUAGCGCCGCUCACAGUGCACUGCAGUCACGCUCCAACUCAAUCCACGAGUACCAACGAGAGGUGGUAUAUGGACCCAUAUCGAGCGCAGCGGACCUUUCCGAUCCUGUAGCUGUCGGACACGACGCAGUCAGGAAUGUCGGGCUCAGCACUAGCAUGGUUCAUUCUAUACGAAUUAUACCAGGGCGUCCUGAAUAUCUUUCCGUACGGUUCUUGAAACCUGAAUACGCUGCCAGGUUUGUUGACCUUGUGCCUUUUGGUGAUCACCCAGAGCGUCAGGCAUUGGUGGCUGAUGACCAAAUCCAUUGA